CAGCUUCCACCACCACGAGCCUGUUCCACGACUGGAUCCCAAUAUACCACCCAUGGACCUGCACUAAUACCAAUAAAUCCUCUUCCGAUAACCCCUGAGACCACGAUCGCAGCGAAACCUUCUGUCUCCCACUCUGCCAUCAUGAAUAACGACCAAUUCCGCCGCCUCGUCCUCGACAACCCAACCGCCAAACCCACCAAAACCAGUCCCGAUGGAUCAUCUUCAAGUCAGGAACCGCGCAAAAGUAUCGGCGGAGCUACUCCUGCCGGCCCAUUAGGUUCACGUCUCCGAUCCAGCAUUCCCAUGACACCUCGCUCCCUCACAAACGUUGACUUCGCCCGCCAACUAGCCGAAUACCGACGCGAAGCCCAACCCGCCCCGAAACGAUUCAAAUCCUCCGCCGCCCCCAAAGGAACCAAGUUACCCACCGGAUACCAAGAUCGCGCGGCGCUGCUCCGCCAACGGGAAGAUGAAGCAGCGGAAGGAAAUGAUCUAGAGAAGCGCGUCAAGGCGCUCGAGGAGAUGGUGAAGUUGGGACAGAUUGACCAGGCGACGUUUGAGAAGUUGCGCGGGGAUAUGGGUGUUGGUGGGGAUUUGGGGAGUACGCAUAUGGUUAAGGGGUUGGAUUGGGCGUUGUUGAAGAGGGUUAAGGGGGGUGAGGAUGUCUCGAAGACGGAAGAGAAAGUGGAAGAGAAGGAAGAGGAGGUGGGUGAUCUGGAUGAUGAAUUGGAUAAGGUGUUGGGGGAGAAAGGGGAGGGGGUGGAUGCGUUGCCGGAUGCGCCAAGGGAGAAGGAGAAGAAGAAGAAGGGCGUGAUGGCUCCGCCGCCGCAGAAGAAGUCCAGAGAUGAGAUUCUGAGGGAGUUGAAGGCGAGUCGGGCUGCUGCGGCGGCGGCGGCGAAGCCGGCUGAGCCGGCGUUGGGGACCAAGUUUAAGAGGAUUGGAGGAGAGUCCAAGGCUGAGAAGAAGCGGUGGGUGGAACAGGAUGAGAAUGGGAGACGAAAGGAGAUUCUACAGAUUACAGAUGCGGAGGGCAAGACGAAGAGGAAGGUGAGGUGGUUGGAUAAGCCUGGUGAGGCCGGUGGUGCUGGGCUGUUAGUCCUGGAUAAGGAUGCGAAGCCGCUGGGUAUGGAGGUUCCGGCUGAGAUAGCAUCCAAAGCUGCUCCGCCGCCGGAGGAAGAGGAUGAUGAUAUUUUCGCGGGCGUCGGGGAUGAUUAUAACCCACUUGCUGAUAUCGGGGAUGACGACGAUUCAUCAGACGAAAGUGAGGAUGGCGAGGUGGGCGAGAAACCCGCGCGGGCGACAGAGACAGCCCCUGUCAGCGAUACGAAGAAGCCGGCUGAGACGACCAACCGUCCUCGAAACUACUUUUCUACGUCUACAACAGAUGAGGUUCCUGAGGUGGACCGAUCGAACCCCUUGGCCAAGGAUCCGACUCUCCUGGCCGCCCUGAAACGGGCUGCCGCGCUGCGUCAAUCGGAGGAGGCCGCUGCCGCUGCCGACGCUGAGGAUGUGGACUCGGAAACGGCACUCCGACGGAAGAAAUUCCUGGAGGAGGCACGUCGCCGGGAAGCCCUGGACGCGAUGGACAUGGACAUGGGAUUCGGCGGGAGCCGCAACGAAGACGAAGAGGACGACGAAGAGGUGGUGCUGGAAACGGAGAACCGGGGCGGGAAAAAGAGGAAACGAGGCCCGAAGAAGAAGAAGGGCGACAAGGACAGCGCGGCAGAUGUCAUGCGCGUGUUGGAGGGGAGGAAGAAAGACUAAUCCUAUAUUUGAGAUACCAUGUGAUUGCCUUUCUCCGUUGUGUAUGCUCCCAGAAUAACCACCCCCUAUAAUUGCGGACUAUAUCCAUCCCCAGAUAUUUCAAAUAGACUCAUCUACUCCUGAGGC